UUGUAAUGCCAAAAAAACGCCUGUAGAGGAAGCCGCCGUUUACGAAAAAUGUUGCCGUGUGUACGACAACAGUUCGCAAUGUUGGCGAGUUCCACACUGUCCGCUGUCGGUAUUUAGCGUUGAGCAGCCAUGAGUCCCCCGAGGUCGGGAGGCGGCGGCGAAAGCUGCGUCUUGUUGCGCAGCGACAUUGUGUUCAAAACGCUGCAACGGAAAGACUCGGUGCUGUUCGACAAGCUGGUGCGACACGGCGCGCUCUCGGACUUCGUCCUGCCCGACUCUGACGAUGGCAUGACCCUGUUGCACCUUGUCGUCAGCGUGGACGAUUUCUCUGCCGAGUUCCUCGACAAGCUACUCGACAGCGGAGCAGACCCCAACGCGGCCAGCGCAGACGGUGUAACCGCCCUGCACAUCGCCGCUGCUUCGGGCAACGAAGAAGCGCUACGACGACUCCUCGAGCGAGGCGGUGACCCUCGGCGUCGGGACCCCGCGGGAAAUGACGUGUUUGACAUUCUCGUAGCGAACGAACACUGGGACUGUCUCAGUAUAGUGAGGGGGCUGCUCGAACUCCCCGUGAAAGACUAUGGCGACUCCGCAGCGGUGGCUCCUCGAGUGAACGGGGCGUCACCGAAUCCCGCAGAAGACUUGAACGACGCUUCCGUUGUUUCGGACGUCAACUUGAACGUGUCGCUGUGUCUGUCAAGCCCGUCUGACGUAAGCACUGAAACAGAGUCCCUUCUUAACACGGCCUACGUGUUCCCGCACCCUUACCUAUCGCCCGUAUACGUCAACGGCGAGAGGGCCCAGCUUAGGAAGCGUCAACGAGGAACCGCAGCUGACGACUUCGACGCCGCCCACCAGGACACGUCUGUCUGGCCGGCGACGUCCGAGUCGUCUUCGUUCGACGGCGGCAGCUACUACGACGAAGUCGCCAACUCGACCGACGAUUCUGUGCAGGUGUCGUCGAACUUGUCGCUGGAGCUGUUGCGACUGAGCGACGAGGAACUUCGAGAGCAACUCGCCGCCUGCUGCGGUCACGACGUCGGUCCGGUUCUCGACUCGAACCGCAACGUCCACCGGCACGCGCUCGCCCACUACCGGUUGGGACCACGAGCGCGAGUCCGGCUCGCCUCGCCCGACGCGUCGUAUGGGUCUGCUUCCAACGGCAUCAACAGGGCCGGCAUAGCGCGAACGUGCGACUUCUGCGAGGUCGUCCACAAGGACCCAGAAACCGGGUUUGUCCUCAAAGAGGAGCACUACCACUCGUCCUCGGAGGCAGACUCGAGCGGCACCUCGGUAGUGAGCAGCAGCGGGCCCGAGAACGACACCGUAGUCGUGCCUCCGGAACUGGCGUGCCUCACGAAUGAACAGCUCUUCGCCAAGCUCAGAAGUCUGGGUGACGCGCCGGGACCCGUGACGGACGGUACGCGAGUGGUGUACUUGAAUCGGCUCGCCAGGCUCACCUCGGGCCUUGUGACGCUCCACAAGUCCCGCGACAUCGUGUCCCCGGACAUCCACACGCUGGUGCUAAACGCCGCCAAUUUGGAUGCCUACGCGGAGCUGGAGAUCGCCAUGAUGAGCGACUUCGACGCUCCUAGACCCAACGGCUACUGGAGGGAGGGCAACGCGAAGGGGUCCUUCACAUACCUCCUCCUGGACACCAGGGUCACCCGGAACCUGCCCCUGAGGGCCCACGGCCUGACCCUGGCGGAGCGCAUGGCCGACUUCCUCAAGGCGGUCUUCUACGUUGGCAAGGGCAAGCGGUCCAGGCCAUUCAGUCACCUCUGCGAGGCCCUGCUUGUCCGAAAGGGCAUGGACAAGUCGUUGCAAAAGAAAGAGGUUGAGAAGACCCGAAAGAUCCUGCAGAUCUGGGACUCGAGAAACGGUGUAGUGUCGCUGCAUGUCUUCCAGAACACCCUGGCCGUCGAGGCAUACACGAGAGAAGCCUGCAUGAUCGAAGCGAUCGGCCUGCGCCGGCUAACAAACCAGAAGAAAGGAGACUUGUAUGGCAUUGUCCGGUCGUGGCCUGAAAAAAAGCGCCGGAAACUAGGGGCGUACCUUGUGUACAAGGCGCUCAACAUAUUCCUCAGCGAAGGCGAACGACAUUUGGGACCGCUGGACUUGUGAUUUGUGUAGUUUUUAAGCCGGAUGCUCCUGGCACCGGCUUCAGUGCCAAGCUGAGAGCACCACUACAUUCUGUUAAAUUCUCAUGCGACUGUUGAAAAUGUGGACUCAGUGUGGUACACCAGAAUAUGUGCAACAGCAGGGAGCAAGCUGUUUUCGUGACAUCAUUUGCUUUCUUUUUCUUAUUGCUUUUUAUCAUGACCACGCAUUUUAUUCUUACAAGCUUAUUUUACAAGUUUUAUUCUUACAAGCUUUUAAAAAUUCUAUACAGACUAUGCGGACAUUUCAGCUCUUUUUUUCAUGCAACUGCAAAAGAGCUUCAUCAUACCGUCCAUUGUGCAGCUUGUGUCACUUUCAUUGGAUUUUUGAAACCCUCGAAGAUACUGCACACUGUGAUGUGAUCUUUUAACAAACUUUUCAUUGUCUUUCCUGCAAUCUCUGGUUGCACCUUUUUGUUUAGUAUUUUAACGUAGACGUAUUUUAAAGUAUAAGCAAUUUCUUUUAACAUCCGUCUUCGUGGAUGAAGGUUUUGAUCAAAUUGACUGCUAGUCGCACAAAUAGUCUUCAGAGAGCUGUUAUGAGUGUUAUGAAUUGUAUUGUAUUGCUUUUAUUUAAUG